CUUAAAGAUGGAUAUGGUGCUAUCGCACUAAGAAUGAAACGUGACCCCUUGCAUUUAAAAGCUGCUGGGAGUGAAUUUCCUAUGAUUUUGGGCCGCGAUGUCUCUGGUGUCAUCAUGGAAACUGGACUGGAUGUAUCUUAUUUCAAACCUGGAGAUGAGGUGUGGGCAGCUGUUCCACCCUGGAAGCAGGGAACAUUGGCAGAAUUUGUGGUGGCAAGUGCAAAUGAGGUGGGCCACAAGCCAAAGGAGCUCAGCCACAGCCAAGCUGCAACCUUGCCCUACGUUGCCCUGACGACCUGGUCGGCCCUGGUGACCACUGGAGGACUGAGCAAAGACAACUGCAGCGGCAAACGGGUUUUGAUCCUUGGAGGCUCGGGUGGAGUCGGUACCUUUGCUACUCAGCUUCUGAAAGCCUGGGGUGCCCACGUGACCACCACCUGCUCAGCAGAUGCUUGCUCGUUCCUGAGAGACUUGGGUGCGGAUCACCUUGUCGACUAUCAAGCUCGGAGUGUGGAGGGGCAGCUGAAGGAUCUGCAACCGUUUGAUUUUAUCCUGGAUAACGUGGGAGGACACACAGAGGACUGGGCCCUGAGCCUGCUGAAGCCAUGGUCUGGAGCUACCUAUGUGACCUUAGUGACACCAUUCAUGUUCAAUGUGGAUAGACUGGGGGUCGCCGAUGGAGUGUUUCGAUCAGGGGCCACCAUUGGCAGCAAAGUUCUCAAGCAUCUGUGCAAAGGCGUUCACUAUCGCUGGGCCUUGUUUGCACCGAGUGGACCGUCUUUGGAUGAAAUAACGGAACUUGUGGAUGCAAGGAAGAUUCGACCUGUCGUUGAAAAGAUCUUCCCAUUUUCUGAGGUACCCCAGGCCUUCCUGAAAAUGGAGAGGGGUCACGCACGAGGGAAAACUGUCAUCGAAAGGAGUGGGGAAUGAUCGAGAUCAGCCACCAAUAUGCGUGUAGCAUAAUGACACACGUCCCCAUUUUCAAUGGUAGCAAAAAAAAGCUUUAGUCAAUAACUCAAA